AUGGACUCACCAAAAUGCCCCCGGGCGGUGGACUUUGAAUGGAGUUGGGGAGGCAACAAUCUCUCACAUGGAGUGCGCGCCCGCUCUCUCUCCUCAGAUUACAGUACCUACAGCCAAGCUGCAGCCCAGCAGGGCUACAGUGCUUACACCGCCCAGCCCACUCAAGGAUAUGCACAGACCACGCAGGCAUAUGGGCAGCAAAGUUAUGGUACCUAUGGACAGCCCACUGAUGUCAGCUACACCCAGGCUCAGACCACUGCUACCUAUGGGCAGACAGCCUAUGCGACUUCUUAUGGACAGCCUCCCACAGUAGAAGGGACCAGUACAGGUUAUACUACUCCAGCUGCCCCCCAGGCCUACAGUCAGCCUGUCCAGGGCUAUGGCACUGGUGCUUAUGAUACCACCACUGCUACGGUCACUACCACCCAGGCCUCCUAUGCAGCUCAGUCUGCGUAUGGCACGCAGCCUGCUUACCCGGCCUAUGGGCAACAGCCCGCAACCACUGCACCUGCAAGACCACAGGAUGGUAACAAACCCGCUGAGACCAGUCAACCUCAAUCCAGCACGGGCGGUUACAACCAGCCCAGCCUGGGAUACGGACAGAGUAACUACAGUUAUCCCCAGGUACCUGGGAGCUACCCCAUGCAGCCAGUCACGGCACCACCAUCCUAUCCUCCUACCAGCUAUUCCUCUACACAGCCGACUAGUUAUGAUCAGAGCAGUUACUCUCAGCAGAACACCUAUGGGCAGCCGAGCAGCUAUGGACAGCAGAGUAGCUAUGGUCAACAAAGCAGCUAUGGGCAGCAGCCGCCCACUAGUUACCCCCCCCAAACUGGAUCCUACAGCCAGGCUCCAAGUCAAUAUAGCCAACAGAGCAGCAGCUACGGGCAGCAGAGUUCAUUCCGACAGGACCACCCCAGUAGCAUGGGUGUUUAUGGGCAGGAGUCUGGAGGAUUUUCCGGACCAGGAGAGAACCGGAGCAUGAGUGGCCCUGAUAACCGGGGCAGGGGAAGAGGGGGAUUUGAUCGUGGAGGCAUGAGCAGAGGUGGGCGGGGAGGAGGACGCGGUGGAAUGGGCGCUGGAGAGCGAGGUGGCUUCAAUAAGCCUGGUGGACCCAUGGAUGAAGGACCGGAUCUUGAUCUAGGCCCACCUGUUGAUCCAGAUGAAGACUCUGACAAUAGUGCCAUUUAUGUGCAAGGUUUAAAUGACAAUGUGACUCUAGAUGACCUGGCAGACUUCUUCAAGCAGUGUGGAGUCGUUAAGAUGAACAAGAGAACAGGCCAGCCCAUGAUCCACAUCUACUUGGACAAGGAAACAGGGAAGCCCAAAGGCGAUGCUACAGUGUCCUAUGAAGACCCGCCGACAGCCAAGGCGGCAGUGGACUGGUUUGAUGGUAGGACCCUUGGCGUCAACCAGGGUGUGCUCGCUGCAUCUAACUGCCUGCUGCAGGGCACAUGGGGCUUGUAUCCUGUGUCCUUCCGAGGGGCUGUUGCAUUUAUGUUGCUUUGGUCUCUCCAUCUGUAUGAAAACACCUGCCCUCCUCCAACUGCUGUGGGAGCUGUGGCUUCCCAGCCACACGGCUCAUCCCUGUGCUGUUCAGGACCUUGGGCUGUGGGAAAGGGGCCGGAUGGGGCCAGGACGACGGUGGCCAUUUUCCUGAAGCAAACCUGGUGCUCUAAAGGGUGGUGGUUCUUUAUUUCAGGUCCGGGAGGCCCAGGAGGCCCCGGGGGACCCAUGGGUCGCAUGGGAGGCCGAGGAGGAGACAGAGGAGGCUUUCCCCCAAGAGGGCCCCGGGGCUCCCGGGGAAACCCCUCCGGAGGAGGAAACGUCCAGCACCGAGCCGGAGACUGGCAGUGCCCCAACCCGGGGUGUGGAAACCAGAAUUUCGCCUGGAGAACAGAAUGCAACCAGUGUAAGGCCCCGAAGCCUGAAGGCUUCCUCCCGCCACCCUUUCCACCCCCGGGCGGUGACCGUGGCAGAGGUGGCCCUGGUGGCAUGCGGGGAGGAAGAGGUGGCCUCAUGGACCGCGGUGGUCCUGGUGGCAUGUUCAGAGGUGGCCGUGGUGGAGACAGAGGUGGCUUCCGUGGCGGCCGGGGCAUGGACCGCGGUGGCUUCGGCGGAGGAAGACGAGGUGGCCCUGGGGGUCCUCCUGGACCUUUGAUGGAGCAGAUGGGAGGAAGAAGAGGCGGGCGUGGAGGACCUGGAAAGAUGGAUAAAGGUGAACACCGUCAGGAACGCAGAGACCGGCCCUACUAGAUGCAGAGACCCCGCAAGCUGCGUUGACUACCAGAUUUAUUUUUUAAACCAGAAAAUGUUUUAAAUUUAUAAUUCCAUAUUUAUAAUGUUGGCCACAACAUUAUGAUUAUUCCUUGUCUGUACUUUAGUAUUUUUCACCAUUUGUGAAGAAACAUUAAAACAAGUUCAAUGGUAGCGUGCCGAGUUUUUUUUUCUCUCCUUUUAAAGAUGGUUGUUUAACUAAGACUAAUGGGAACCCCUUGUGAGCAUGCUCAGUAUCAUUGUGGGGAACCAAGAGGGCCUCUAACUAACUGUAACAAUGUUCAUGGUUGUGAUUUUUUUUUUUUAAAUAAAAUUCCAAAUGUUUAUAAACAGUCA